AUGGACUACACCCUCUUCGUCCUCGGCUCCGGCGGCCACACCAAAGAAAUGCUCAUGAUGAUGGACGACGGCACAUUACCCUUCGCCAAUACCCACCGCCGCUACCUCAUCUCCCGCGGCGACACCAUGUCAGAGCACCACCUCGCCGACUACGAAGCCCGCCUCCAGACUCUCUGCGCCCAAACCCGCGGCGGCACCUCCUCCUCCUCCUCCUCAUCCUGCUCACCCGGCACCCACGACAAGCGCACCGUCACCCGCGCCCGCCGCGUCCACCAGCCCCUCUGGUCCACGCCCCUGACCGCCCUGCUGAGCAUCGUCGACAUCUUCCCCGCGCUGCUCACGCCGCCGGACAACGACGUCGGCAGGGCGCUGCGCUAUCCCGGCCGCGUCUUCUCCAACGGGCCGGCCACGGGCUUCUUCGUCGCGCUGGCGGUGCAUCUGUUGAAGAUGGGCUACGUCAUUCCCGAGAGCUGCUGCAAGGUCAUCUACAUUGAGUCCUGGGCGCGCAUCUCGACGCUGAGCUUGACGGGGAAGCUGCUGCUCUACACGGGCAUCGCCGACGUCUUUGUCACGCAGCACCAGGAGGUUGCCGCGCGGUACGGCGUGCAGAACGCGGGAGAAAUUGUCUUUAAUUCCCGCCGUCUAGAUGACAUAGAGCCCAGUCCUGUCAAAUGCUAA